GACCCUUACUUCCCGAAUGCACCUCACUCGGGUUGAGGCGAGUCUGUUAGUGUGUUGGUCAUAAUCAAUAACUGACGUCUGGGCCUCUGUGGAACAUGUUGUCAAAGAAUAAGUUCAACCUGAAGCUGCCACCGGGGGCCAUCGAGCAGACCAACGACCAUGAUAACCACACCGGCACCGAAACCCCUCAGAGAAAAGCCAGCACAGGGGCAACUGGCAGUUUAGGUACCAUGUCACUUGAGUCACUGCUCAAGUGCAUUCAGGAGCUCGACAUGGAUGAUACCCAACGCAGACGCAUGGAGAUAUUCCUCGUCCAGAAACAAAAGAUUGGAGAAUUAAAUGCUGAUGACUUUGAAAAACUUGGUGAGUUGGGAGCAGGUAAUGGAGGAGUGGUGAACAAGGAGCGACACAAACCAUCAGGACUAAUCAUGGCACGCAAGCUUAUACAUUUAGAGGUGAAGCCAGCAGUGAGAAACCAAAUAAUUCGUGAAUUGAAGGUUCUUCAUGAGUGCAACUCGCCUUUCAUUGUUGGAUUCUAUGGAGCAUUUUACAGUGAAGGUGAAAUUUCUAUUUGUAUGGAGUACAUGGAUGGCGGAUCCCUUGAUUUAUGCCUAAAGAAAGCCAUCCGCAUUCCUGAGACAAUCUUAGCAAAAAUAUGUUCGACGGUCUUGAAAGGUUUGGCAUAUCUCCGUGAGAAGCACCAGAUCAUUCACCGGGAUGUAAAACCCUCUAACAUUCUGGUCAACUCCCGCGGAGAGAUCAAAAUUUGUGACUUUGGAGUGUCUGGCCAGCUGAUCGAUAGUAUGGCUAACACAUUUGUGGGAACGAGAAGUUAUAUGUCACCAGAGCGAUUGAACGGUGAUCACUAUUCUGUUGCAAGUGACAUAUGGAGUCUUGGAUUAUCUCUGGUAGAGAUGGCUAUUGGUAUGUAUCCUAUCCCACCACCUGACCCCAAUACUCUCAAGAAAAUAUUUGGCUCCAAAAUUGAGGGUGUGAGCCCAUCCCCAAUCUCACGCUCACCAAGAUCAGCUGGCCUUCCUGGUGAACCACGACCCAUGGCCAUCUUUGAGCUCCUGGACUAUAUAGUGAAUGAACCACCACCCCGGCUACCCCCUGGUGUGUUCUCCCCUGAGUUUGUUGAUCUGGUGGAGUGCCUUAAGAAGAGUCCCAGUGAGAGAGCUGAUCUCACAACAUUACAGAACCAUGAGUGGAUAAAGCGAGCUGAACAAGAGGAUGUAGAUAUUGCUGGGUGGGUGUGCAAGACAAUGGACAUAACGCCUUCCACACCCACAAAACCAUCUGCUGAGGCAAAUUGUUGAGCUUUGUGGGGAAGUUAAAUGCCAUGGGAAGAGGUGUGCAUAUUCCGCUGGCUGGAGAAGCACCAGAACCACCUUGAACCUUAUACUAGAUGUGAUGUAUAAAUCGUAAUUGUUCCAAGUGGAUUACAGUGUUGUUUAUUGUGCGUCCAAACACCUGUCUAAUUAGUCCCAGGGGUGACUUGCUAUUCCCGAGGCCAAUUUUUUGAGUGACAAUUGAUUAAUUGACACGUUUAAUACAAGAGUAGCAAUUACAAGACUGGCAUUGAACCAAAGAGGGUGCAGGAACAGAGUAGACUUGUCUGAGCACAAACAAGUUGGUCAGAAAUCUGGGUAAGUGUAAUAUGAAUGAGCUACGCUUUUAACAUAAAAAUAAUCUGCUUAAAAAUAAAGCUAAAAAUUUAUCCAGAUGUGAUAUAGACUCAGAGGAAGUAGUGUUGCAUGGUAUCCCAGGAACUGAAUUCUGUGGUAAAUUAACUGUCACAAUGUAGCCCAGAAACAGAAUACUGUAAUGUACUUACCUGUUUAUGCUUGCCUACACCUACAUCAUUAAUUUCUUUGCAAAUUUGAACAUAAUUAUGAUUUGGAAUAUGCAUCAGUCCAUCAUUGUAAAUCAUUUUAAAAACAAACACAUUAUAGUAGUGUUAACGGCACUAAUAUGUUAGUGUAACAUGUUUUAAGAAUGCAUGAUUAUGUGUUUAGUUUUAUAAAAGGAACAUUGACACAUGUUAUAAAUUAAAACGAUACAAAAUUUCUUUAAGUAGUACAGUACUAUUCAUUGAAAUUUUUUUAUUAUAACAAGCUUGAAGAAAUUAAUGUGCUCUGGUUUAAAUUUAUCACAUUCACUUUGUAUUAUUUCAAGCAUUGGCAUUUCAAAAUAAACUAACAGAAUUCAGAAUGUAAUAAUGUGGUAGUUUGUUUUAGUGAUAUCAUAUUGUGACCACAGCCCUGGCAGAUGUAGAGAUAUUACAGGAAGGUGAUCAUAAUCCUGUAGCUUAUACUGUAUGGUCAUCAAUCUUUUCGUUAUUAUAAACACUAAUGUAGGAAACUGUUAGUGACCUUGGUAGUUGCCAAAUGACUAAAUGGCCAAUAUAGGAAAAAACACGUAUGUUGCUUUACUCCAGUGCUAGCUUGGUAAUUGUGGCCAGUGUGCCUAUGCAAUCCACUUAUGGCUAAAUGAAAUUUUAUUAAAAUAAUGUGAUGAGUGCACCUUUGAGGUGUAUAACCUGGGUUAUUGUGGAAUGUUGAAGGCAUUCUUUUCAUACAUAUGCACAUGUGAUUCAUGGCAUUUUGAAUGUUCUUCAUGAUAAGUUUGUGAUUAAAGUGCUGAGAUAUGGUCGUGUAUGAGACACGUCCUGUGUGUAACGGUUGUCUGCAGUUUCUUCCAGAGAGGAAUUGUUGGCUUGGCUGUAACUUCCAUAUAAUAGUUUUAUAAAGCCAGUAAGAGGCUUUCAAGAUCUUUUUUCCUAGUAUUUUUGAAUUGUAAAAUGUACAUUUAUUACAUUGCUAUGUUUUUUAUCAAUGUAUAGGGGAUAAACUUGUGGUUGUAAAAUAGAAUUUUCUGUGGGUAAUGUUUUUACUACUUAAAGCUUCAUGUAGUGUCCACAAAAAUCAGAAUUUUUUUUAUUAAAAUGAUUAAUAAUUUUCGAUGUCAAGUUGAUUAAUUAUUUUUUGGGUCUAAAAUUUUUGUCUCUGAUGUUGGUUCUCAAAUAAUACCAUAUUUAAAUUGAAAUGUGCUGUUUAAAGAAAAAUGCUACUUUCUGCACUCCAUUGUUAAUUUCCUGGUGGUGCACGUGUAUCCUACUACAGUAGUACAGUACGUUGAUGCCGACAGUGCUGUUGUUGGAAAAACUGUUCUCAUAAUGACAUCUCUCUUCAGUUUUCAUGAAGUUGAUCCAUAGUUUACUUUCCAUGGACUUGGGUAAUGUUGUGCACAUUAUAUAGAAGGAAGGGAUUUUUAAGACAAUAAAUACUCAGAUGAUGUAUUAACUGAUAUGACUAGUACUUUAUGAAGUUGUAGGGGAGAGUAUUCACUAUAGCGGAAAUGAACAUGCACAUUGAUUUAAACUUUGCCUGAUGACUAAUGUAUCUUUUGAAGGUAUUUUUAGAGUACUGUAUACCCUAUCGUGUUAUUAAUUGUAUAGGUGUUCUCUACUUGUUUGAUAAGUUUUUGUUUGAUUGAUCUGUGAUGUUUUGGUUGUCUGAGAGGAAAGAAAAUGAGACCGAGAAGUAGUAAAUGAAACACAAGAUUGAUUCAUGAAUGUGUUAAGUGUAUCUGCAAGUGAUAUUGUGGCAUUCUUGAAUAGACCCUAACAGAAGUAGUAAUGGGCUGGAGUGAGAAGCACUUGAUCAUGUGGCUCAAGUACACAAAUCCAGUACUUCCCAACAUUCACACGGCCUUCUACUCCAGGUUUCAUCUCCCAUGCUUAAAUUGUCAAUCUCAAAAAGUAAAAAAAAAAAAAAAAAAAUAUCACACCUUGGUUUCUAUACUGUACUGUUACUACUUUUGUUUUUCUUUUUUUUUAAGUAUUCUGAAAAGGAGGAUUAAUGCAGAACCUCCACUUACUUCAAUUUUAGUAUUUUUCCAAGGAUUCCUUCAUUGAGAUACUACUCACAUACAUUUAAUGCCCCACUCUCUCCACACACUUUACCCUGAGUUGUCAUUUUAUCUUUCAAUAAAUGUUUCAUUAAAUACUCUGGUAGUCAUUUGGGCUAAACAUAUAUGGUAUAUAAUGCUUAAAUUUUUCCAAUUCAGAUAUUUACAACUGCUAUCACUCCAUGUCUCAACAUUUAUAUUACUUCAGAUAUCAAAAGCUGCCAAUUAUUCUUCGUCUCUCAUUGGUUGUGAUGAACCACUUCUCCACAUUUACAACCAAGUAGUGAAUGCUUUUUGUGUGUUCUUGAGUGUUUUAAGAGGCUCAAAAUAAGCAUACUCUCAAUAUUGUUGUCAAUGGUGCAUGUUUUCCAGGAGACAUUUUUGGGCUGGCUGAUGAUAAGUUGCUGCAGUUUUAAGAGGUAAACCUUAUGAAUAUAAUCAAUAUACACACACUCCAAAAAGUAUCUCAAAGGAGGUUAUGGGGGGCGAGGUCCAUGUCGGGAAAACUAACUCCAAUCAGCAACCACUACAUACUAAGAUGGAAUACAAUCUUUGAUAGUCAAGAGGAGGAGAUUACCAGCUCAUGAGAGACAAACUACAGAGAAUUAAAUGGGAGGAAAUCAUUAGCAAGGAGGCAGACAUAGACAAAUCAAUGCAAAACUUUAUGGAACUCCUUGAGUUAACAGUAGAGGAAUGUAUACCCCAGAAAAGAAGAGGGAAUAAGACCAGGUGGACAAAUCGCAGAACUAGGGAAGCCUGGACGAAAAAAUACAAGAUGUGGAAGAAAUACCGGAGCACAGGACCUCGAGCAGAUUAUGUUGUCUACAUUUAGGACUCCUAAAUGUGGUCAAUCGGGAAGUUCGAUAAGCUAAAUGGCAUUUUGAGGAUGAAAACCUGGUCCUGGGGGAUGACAAAUGGCUGAUACCUUUAAUGGAUACCUUACAUCGAUAUUCACAUGAGGUGAUGGAUAACAUGUCAAUACCCAAGAGAGUGUAUAACCCCAGGUGGAAAAUGAAUUGAGAGAGCUAUUACAGAUAUCAAAAGGAAAGUAGCUAGCUUGAAAAAAUUCAAAUCCCCUGGAGUAGAGGGAGCACAGACUAAGGUGAUAAAGGUAGCAAACAAGAUUUGUACCCCACUAAUACAUGCAGGAAAUCCUUGGGUCAAGUUAAAGUACCAAGGGACUGGAAAAGUGCAGAAGAAAACUACAAGCCGAUCAGCCUAACAUCUCAUACAGGUAUAUGCAAGCUCUUGAGAAAAUCCUGAGGGAUGUCGUCCUCCCAAACACCCGACUGGACACCGUCUUAAUGCAUCACAGUGCGGUUUCAUAGAAAGAAAAUCCUGUAACAAAUUUACUCGUGUUUCUUGAAACCGUUACAGAAUAUGUGGACCAAGGCUCCUCUGUAGAUGUGUUGUACAUGGAUUUCUCCAAAGCAUUUGACUAAGUCCCACAUGCAUGACUAGCUUCUUAAGAUCCAGGUACAUGGCAUCACAGACAAGAUUUUGACAUGGAUAAAUAACUGGCUCAAAGGCCAGCAACAAAGUGUGGUAGACUUGUGGAACAGUCUACCAGCCCAAGCUGUGGUAUCAAGAACAUUAGUACUGUAUUGUGAUUCAGAAUAGCCCUUGACAAAAUUGUAUAGAACAAUGGAAGGGUCGUACGCUGGCCAUUCCUUCUUUCCCUCAGCAUGGCUACCUCUAGUGAAUGGCCAUUCGGUAGAUAAAAUGAACACUGCUACUACUGUCGUCUCUGUAGGGUUGUCAAAAUCCUUCGUCUCGUGUCGUAUUAUCUAGCGCAAAAUUGUAAAGAUACUUUUUGGAGCGAUUGUACACAUUGUUAGCUGCUCGUUAAAUUUUACUGCAUCAUCGGAUUGUCACAAGACCUAGUUUUUUAGGGUUAACAAAAGUAGGUGUUUAAUUUUGUGAAAAUUAUUUAGAACUUUCAAUAUAAUGAGUUUCCACAACUAUAUUGAUUAUUGAAAAUGUGAGGAAAUUUGGGGGAAGUUGUCUUUAUUCUUAUAUUCCUGUUGAAUGUUGCCUUUUCACUGGAACAAAAACUGCAUAUUCUCAAUCAAAACUUCUGGAACUUUCAUGAAAGCAAUGUAUUAUUAACUGUUACAGCAGUGUGCAAUAGGCUGCAGAAAUUUUGCCUGAGAAAAUGAAUGCCUUAUUAUAUAUAGUACACAUUGUCAAAUUUAUCAGUGAAGUGCAUGAACUCUUACAUGCUAACCUGCACCAAUGAUUUUAUUACUAUCUGUGACAUGGUUAACCAGCAUCUUAAUUUUCCAAAGCAUUAUCUAAAAAGCAUAUGCUUAUUCUCUAGCUGAUGUAUGUGUUUAUCACAGUGUAUUAGUAAUGAUUGUGGGAAGUACUGUACCAUAUUGGGUAACCAAUCAUCUCCUGCCAUUGUUUGUGCUGCAGGUCUAUAGUAAGUCUCAGGAACUGGUCCUUUAAUCAGGAGCAGAUAUUCUGUGGUAAUAGAAGUGACUUUUGUGUUGUGAAUGUGCACAAUGCUCCUGAGAACAUGCCACACUUCAUGAUACAAGCAUUGUCUUCAAGAGGUCAGGUCAGAAGGGAUUGCUAUGCAUCUGAACGAGGAGGAGCAAGCAUUUUUAGGGUUCAAGUGUGAGAGAGAAGGAACAAGCAUUUUCUUUAAAGGGUCAGGUGAGAAGGCUAUAAUUACCACUGAAAACCUGGGAUGAUGUUCUGUUCAGCAAUGGGAUGUACAGUAUAUGAUCCAGCGAAUAUAUCCUGUCAGUGUAAUCAGUGUAGGUUUUAGUAGAAUACAAUUUUUUUCACAAUUAUUUAGUUGACAAUUCUCAAAUGAGAAAUUACAUAAAGUUAAAAGACCUGCAUGACUUUGCUGACUUGCUUACAUAUUUUGCCAUGUUAACAAGAAUGUGAAGUUAAGAGUUCACUUGAGCUUACUGUGGGGUUAUGUUGUAUCUAGUCAGAAGCAAAACAAAGCAGUCUGUUGGAAACUUAGACUUGUUCAUGCAACAGGCUUGCAGUAGUCAUGAUUUAACCAAAAUAUUUGAUUAUUCCAUUUCAGAAUCUUUUAAUUUAAAGUACAUUUUGGAGCUAUAAAUAUGCUAUAGACUAGUACAGUACUUAGCAUAGAAGUUAUCAAGUGAUUAUAUUUUGAUAAUAUAAAAUGCAGUCAACAGGGAUUAAGGCAUUAGUAUCAAUGAAUUGUAGGUAAUGGGUGAAGUAAGUAUAGUGACCAGGGACCAAUAAAUGGUUCUAGUUAUAUGGAUGCAGGUAUAUGAAAAAGGUUGCAGUGCAAAUGGGUCCCAGCUCUGUUAGAACCCAACCAUUAGGACUGAGUCCUAGUCUUGAGGUUGGGAGUCAUUGGAACUUAAGGCACAUUUUACCUACUACCUUUUCACUCACAUUUUGCACCGCACUAACUCGGUGUGGCACACAUUUUUAUGCUCUGUUCUCUCCUCAUUUUAUUACUCACAACAAACACAAUGUUCAUUCUUUCACUUCUUAUUCUUUCAUUCUUUGGGCACAUAACUGCUUGACCUAUACGAGUUGUCUGAUGGAUGUGGAGAAUUCUCCUUAAGAAUUUGAAUAAACAUUAACUUAAACAUUUGACACUUAAGGUGUAGAGGUAGUUGGUGACAAAGCUGUUUUGGAAGAUUCUACUGUAAAUUAAUUUUGCAUAUGACCCACCGCUGUAAAUUUUGGCAAAGGUAUCAUGAUAGUGGAAUGAAUGAAGAGAAUAUUCCAGGUUAAAGUUACCAGCUUACAAAUUACACAUCUCUGUCUGCCAUCUGGACUGAGUUGAUGAUGUACCUUUUUAUUUCUCUUUCCAAGUAAAAAUAUUAACACCAUUACAGUGCCUACGAAAAUCAGAGUGGGUUCUGUGCUAAUAUAGAAUACUGCUGUACUGUAUAUGUGUGUGCAUAUCAAGGUACUGUACUAUAUGUUUUUUGACCUUGAACAUUAACAAAUUAUCUUUAGAAAUAUUGAUCCACAUGAAGUUUAGAUGUUUACAAUGGUCUCCCUCAUCAACCACAUAGCUAGGGACAGACAGAAGGCAAAUCUUAAGGAGCCUCAGUUCUUACAAACCAUUAUCUUGUCACUAACAGUAUACUUGUACUGUAUGCCUAUAUGGAGAAAUAAGGGUUUAUGUCUUGUUAUGUGCAAUGCUCUGUACUGUAUUAUACUUUGUUAUUCUAUAUUUUGGCACCAAAUGAUUAGUUACAGCUCUGUCAUCAAGCCAGAAAGUAUUGGAUGAUACUAUUGUGUGACUUCUAUCCUCUCUAAUUUAGGUACACCUGUGACAUGAUGGGAUAAAGAGUCGGUUUGCAAAGAUUAUAGGUUAAGUUCCUGAAAGGAAUAGACCCAGUGGUGAAGACAGGUCAUAACCAUGGGUUGUUUUAAAUAGAUUGAUCUGCUCUGUAGAAAAAUGCCCAGAAAUGGAAAAAACUAUCCAGAUGUGUGCUUUGAAGGGAGCUUGUGAUGUAACAGUUUUCACACAGUAUAGUAUGCUAUCACAUUUGUUAUUAUGCAGAGAGGUUAAUACAUACAUCAAGAACCACUAUUUUUUAAUGAUAGUGCUGUGAAUUGUCAUGGAUAUCAAAAUAAUAUGGAAAGUACUUUUACCCUUAAGUGGCAGUCAACAUCAGUGGAAAUAGCUCUAGGGAUGGCAGCCAUCAUCAGUGGAGGUUAGCUUCUGGGACUGUGGUUAUCAUCAGUGAGGGGUGAUUCAAUAGUCUAUUUAUCAAACAUUAAUUCUGAUAUUAGCAAAUAAGCAGGCUCAUUAAGCUCAAAAUAGUCAUUAACACUCAGCAAGUACAGUCAAAGCUCCUUGUGUUAGCAUGGCCUAUUUUUUUUCUUUAAAAUAGGCCUUGAUUAAUCAAGUUCAUUUUAGUGAAAAUGUAUGAGCAAUUUUGAUGGAAUCCAUUCUUGUGUAAAUUUUAUUUGAAAGGUUGCUGGAUUAAGAAGAAUUGAAAAAUUCUGCUCUAAGGGUUUUCUUUAAUAAUUUUAUUGACAAUGCUGAUUUUCCAAUUUCUACAUACCAUACCAGUCUCCAAGUCAUUUUUUUUAUUAAUGUUUGGUGUACCGGUACUGUACUCGGCUGUGACAACAAUUUACUCCAAUUUUUAAGUUCAUUUUCUUUCUCUAGCUCAUGAACGUUGUUCUACAAUAUUGUAAUAAUUAAAACAAUUCGAUUUGGCACUGAGGUACUGUACAACUUCUCAAGGCUAAGAGCUACUGUAUAUACAAUUCCUAGUGGCACAAGAUCUGUAUAUACAGUUUUUUAUUCCUCACAAAGUUAAGUUCUCUGUGGUAGUAAUGUAAGUGUUUAAAAGUUAUUAGCAAAGAAGUUCUUUAUAUGCUGUUUUCAGUGGGACAGAGUAACAGCAUAUAUAAGUUACACUUCUCAUUGGCACUGAGAAGGGUGACAACAGUGUUAUUAGAAAUCAGACUUUUACUGUAAGUACCGGUACUUACGAUUUUAUUUAUAUUUAUUUACAUUCAAUUAAUUUUUAUCUGUACCCUGUAUAAAUAGUUCUUUACUUUGUGAUAAUUUAUGUAGGAAAAUGUGGCAUGUUUCCCAAGCAUUUUGCUCGUGGCCAUUGAUGUAUUUGGUAGUACAGUUCAAGGUAAUUUAUCAUCCUAAGGAUUUCUGGUUGUCUUGAAAGUGGGGUUUUGAUAUUUACUUCAGAUUUGCUAAACUGGACAUUGCCGAGGUUCAUGCUUAGUAAAUUAUCACUUGCCCAUGAGAUGUAAGUGUAAUCCUAGGACGAUGCAGGGUAGACUGUGUGAUACUACCAUGAGAUUGCUUGUUUUGAAACAGGAGAGAGCAAGGUGACCCUUAACCCUUUAACUAACUUCAUAUUCCAAUAACUAUGUAAGAUACCUGUACACUAUUACUGUCAUACAUACACCUACCAGAUUAACCAUACAGUAAGGAAGAGCUUAAUAUGCUCCACUGCUUACUAUUAUGGAGAACUUUAGUGGUAUCAAAAUAGGAAAUGAAUAAACUAAUUUAAGAUAUGAAAGUUGAAUUGUCAGACUAGAGCUGCAAAAGUCCAUCUUAAAGACGUUUUGCAUUAAGGAUAAAAAAAGUUUCAUAAUUCAUAACAAACCAAAUUUUGAGGUGCAAAAAUUACCUGGGCACCUUUUUGACUUCCAGUACUUUACAGUAUUUUUUUUCCCUCAGUGCUCGGAUAAAAAAUAGUUAAUUCAGAUGUGUACUGUGUAGUUAUUGCUUGCAGAGCGUCAUUGUUUAUUUAAAAAGGAAUAUCAAUUAUUUUCCAUGAAUAUAUCAUGCCAGUACAGGGUUAUGCUUGAGGUAGCUGUUACUUAAUUACAGGUUUAUCCAGAUAGUUUUAAGGUGAUGUUGCUUUUGAAUAGUAAAUAAUUUUCACACCUUUGAAUUUUGAAGGUAUAAGUGUGCGAUGGAGUAUUUGUUACUGUAUACUUAUAAGAUGUCUUGCUUUGGGUUUAUGGAAUUAGCAAAACUGAGGACCAUGGUAAUUAUGCAAUUCAUAUUCAUCCAUGUGAAUAUGCUUCCAUGUUUUGGAGACUUCAUUAGAUCUCAGACCAAAGUGUGAAACACAAGGAGUCAAAAUGCUGGUCAGCAGUUGUAUUUGCAAGACUAUAUUUUCUGUGAACUUCUAGAUACAGUUAUAAACUUAUGCACUUAAGCACCGCGCACAUACACACUUACCAGACUUCCUGAAUCUGCACCUUUACUCUUUGUGUAUUCUUGUUCACAACAUCUUUAAAUAUUAAACACUGCAAAGUCAUGUACUUUUGUAGUCCAUAUGAAGUGUACAAGUAUGUUACUAAGAUUAAAAAAAAAACAUACUUUACUUGUGAUUACAGUAAGGAGUGAGUUUGGGUUUUUGCUUGCCAGCGCUAGGCAUUGCUGCAUUUAACUGGCUAUUCUGAACCAGGUUGAUUGAAAAGCAUGACAGAUAACUGCAUUUUCUGACUGUGAAACAGCUAUGUGCUUGUCGUAAGUGGUAAUUGCAUAUUCUCACAAGUUUGUGGCCAUAUAUGUGCAGAGAUAAUCAUUUUAGGAUCAAGUAUAGUUUAUGCAAUAUUAUUUUAUGAAUUUUCUUAAUGAUUAAUGAACUGUAAGAUUACAAGUUUGAAAGUGAUAAUGAUUAGGAAGGCUGUUGCCAUUAAUGUUCUACUUUAUUAUUGUAAAACUUCAUUAGUGAUGGUUUCACACGAGUGGAGGGUAUCUGAAUACAAAAUAUGGUGAUACACAGUGGGGUACUUGUGGAGUACUUUGUUGAUACUGUGCAAUGCCAUAUUAAAGAUUACAGUGGAUUUUGGAGAGUGAAGCACCCAUGCAAACCAUAGUGACUACUGAUUUGUCACAAUAAGAAACUUAUGGUCAUCUCACAUAUCAUCUGUUUUGGGAAACUGACUCUCUAGGUAAAUGGGCACUUGAAAAGGGUGAUGUAUGCAGAUUUUGAUCUUUACCACAUGACAUAGAUGAAAUAUGAGAAGAACCUUUAUGUGAAUAUUGAGACAUAUCAGUAUUGUUAAUAUAAAGCUUGGAGACUCAAAUGUUAGAAAUACAAUAUUUACCGGGGUAAAUCUUGGCUUGUUGAGGAAUUUUGGCAGUAUAUAGUUUUAAAGUGAAUUGGGCUCUCGGGAUUGUCUUGCACCUAAAUAUUAAAGCAUCCUUAGAUAUUUAAUUGUGUACUGUGAGUGAAGCUGAGCUAACAAGACAGGAUUUUGUGGUGAGUGGGAGGAUGCCUUACUGUUCAGUGUCGUGUUUUGAAUCCGUGGGAUGGUAAAUGUCUUAAUUUAAUUUUUUACAAGUAAUACAGACCUAGAGAAAAUAACAAGUAGCUGAAUACUAUUAGGAUUUAUGUUGAUAUUUUAAAUUAUCAGUUAACAUCCAUUUCAGUUUAGGAAACCAAAAGUUUUUGUAUUCUUGCAUUAUAUGGUUAUUAAAGUGUGUGUAUAGGAAUCUACUUCUCCAAAAUAUUGCUGAGUGUACCAAAGAAAGGAUGGUGUAUUUAUUUACUGGUAGCUUAGGGAUGCACUUUUAAGGUAUGGGGACUGGUCCUCUAACUCGGCUCACCAGGACAUGGGGUUCUACCAUACUGUGUUUAUAUUGUCUAUAAUACCAGUAUUAAGUUGGGCAAAGCCUAUGUCAACUGUAGGACCACAAAGUGGAAACGCUGCAGUCAAUGACUGGAGAAUUACUGAUGUUAGUUGAGGCACGUCACUGGAGAGAGCAGAGUUGGAAGGCACGGCCCGAGCUCUUCCUAUUUGAAAGGCAAUGCAACAAUUGCCAAAAUGUUACUGCCAAGCCCUUUGCUUGGAUCAUUGUACAGGAACCAUUCAUUACAUUAAUUGGUUUUGUCACUUUGUAAUUUUAAUAGUUCAUUGUGUGGCCUCUUGUGACACAGGAAUUGAUGAUAAAUAAAGUUUUCAAGUUUAUUUCA